AUGAGGUUCCUCUGUCUUCACGGUGCUAUUGGCAAUAUUGACAAUAUUAGCAUCCAGCUCGCUCCAUUGGUGAAGGAGAUGGCCAUUGAUGGCUUUGCUUCAUUCCACUAUAUCAACGGUCCUGUUCCUGUGUCCCCCCCGUCAGGCUUCGCAGAGUAUUUCGGAAUGGGGCCACAUUAUCGCUGGUUAGAGGAUGGAGGAGCGGCAGAGGAAUCAAUGAUAUCCCGUGUCCGAAAGGCUCCGCAUGGAUCAUGUCCCGAAGAUGUCAUGAGAGCUUUGGGCAAGGACUGGGAUGGCCAUUGGAACAACCACCAACAAGUUAUGGAUUAUCUCUAUGAAACACUGGAGAAAAACCCCGACAUCGAAGGGAUCAUCGGAUAUAGUGAGGGUGCCACUAUGGCUGCCAGUCUCAUCAUGGACGAAGAAAGAAAGGCCCAAGAAACCGGGCGUCCCCGUCGCAUCAAAUGUGCAGUUUUCUUUACCGGUUGGCCUCCUCUGUCGCCAGAGGAAGAUAUGGUCUUGGCAGAUGAGAGUGACUAUAUUCUGGACGUUCCGACGCUUCAUGUGGUCGGUGCAAAUGGUAAUUUUGAUAUCUACUUUCUUUGUUUGAACAAGCCCCUCAGUUUUGAUUUUGAUACAGAUCCCUACCGAUACGGUGCACUAGCCUUGUUCAACGUUUGUGACCCUGAUACCGCCGCUAUGUUUGAUACCGGACGUGGCCAUACCAUCCCUCGCUCCGGUCCAGUUAUCACAGAAUUGGGAAAUGCCGUGCGAGACUUGAUUGACAGGGCACAUCAAGCCUAG